AUGCCACCAGCGAUAAGAUGGAGCUCCCUCUUAUCGCGUCUUAUCGCCUCGCCAAAACUCCCGCCGAAAUCGCGGGGACACAAGAGCCCCUCCGAGAUUCAAUUUCUCUGGUCCAGCUCGACAAUCAUCAUGGAAGAAUCUCAGAGUCUUCGGUCCCUGUUUGUAUCUGCGAAGGAUGAGAAGACGGUACUAGAGUCAAGGGGAGACACUCAUACCGCGACCUAUCGGGACGCUGUCAAUGCAGCGAUCGCCAAAUUCCAAGAGUGUCAGCGACAGGUCAGCCUCCUGUCACUGUUCAGCUCAAACGAGUCGCUGGAGGAUGUGUCAACAGGCGAUAUCCAGUAUAUGUCGUUGGAAUAUCACCUUGCCGAACUCUCACAGCGAGGUCCGACUACUGAUCGCGAAGCUGUCCUCCGGCGCGCCUUAGACCAAUACGAGAGAUUCCUUACACGUCUUGACGAAUACGAGUUACUCUCAGCUGGAGAUAAGAAGCUGUUUGAACAAUACAUGGCUAACCCGUCCACCUUCACCCUCGCACCCAUGAAUGAUGCCGCAGCCCGGCGGGAUGUCAAAGUGAGACGCUUUAGGGAAGAGAAGGAAAUGAAGCAAAAGCUAGAGUACCUUACCCGCAAUGAAGGGCGACUCCAAAGCGACGACGAUGAUACCCGUCGACUUUAUUUGGCUGAGCUUCAACUCUAUAUACACCAGACCUUCCAAGCGUUGGAUUUAUUGAUGCAAGAACUAUCAAUGCUCUCUGCCGUGCGCAAUGCCCCUGUGCCCGUGCAACCACCUACAGAUGACCCGAGACAACGAAGCAACCUGGGCGGAGUGAACUACUCAGACCGUCUGGACCCAUCUCUGUCACAACUUCUUAACGGUGGGCGAAAUGGACCACUGCUGAACAGUAAAGGCAAGCCAAUGCAACCUUUCACAUUGCUCGACCGUCGCACGCAGCUGCAGCAAGGCGUGUUCCGUUCCGGCCAUAAUCUCCCGACUAUGACGAUUGAUGAGUACCUGGAAGAAGAGCACCGCAGGGGUAACGUGCUCCAGGGGGGAGAACAGUCUGGUAUGCAGCCAGAGAUUGAUGAGGAUGACCUGGAGAAGGCAGACCAAGAGACCAUGAAAGCCCGCGCCUGGGACGAAUACGUGGAGGCAAAUCCCAAGGGAUCCGGCAACACGUUGAACCGCGGGUGA